AUGCUCCUGGGGAUCCGCAUGCUCCAGGUGGCAUCAGGGGAGAUACGGGAGGACUGUGUCAUGGGACACGGCUCCUUGGUCCACCAGAAGUCCACAGGGGAAGGAAAGAAGCCCGCGUGGCGCCUCCCCUUACCGUUACUAGACCGGAACGGCUGGUCUUCUAGAUCUCAAGAGAACCACCAGAAGGCAAAGUUCCCGCCCUCUAUCUCUGCCAAACCACCCAACCCUGCAGUACAGACGUGCCUAAGUAGUCUGGAGGGAACGGGCAUCUAUGUGCAGAUCAUUAUCCGCAUCAUCAAAGACCUGGGCCCCUUCCUGCUCAUUGUCUCCAAGAAGCGCCGCCGGGAUGAUCGGGCUGCUCUGGAGCAGGCCGAUGAGAUUCGCGCGGACUUCAUGGCAAACGAGCAGAAGGUGCCGAGGGACAUGAUUGGUCACCGUCUGCAAGCCUUCACAGGCUUCCACCUUGGCCUACAGAUAAUCCGCAGCUACCUCGAUGCUGGCUGCUACGAGAAGGCUGCCGAAUGGACCGACCGGCUUCAGCUUCGUGCCGAGAUUGGCAUCGUGGCUACACACCAGCUCGCCUCAGAGCCCCGUGUAGGUCUGACAGCCGCAGACCACUGCUUCAAUAACAUCAUUGACACGCGGGUCCCCAAGGGCAAGAAAGCAGAGGCCCUCGUGCGGAAGCAGAAAGUCUGGGCCUUGCUGACGGCUCGGGUGGCGAUUGCAGUGGUGGCGGAUCGCGCGGCAGCAGCCACAGGGGUGGCGGCCAGCGUGGAGGUCAUGACUACGGUGGAGGUCGUGAUGCAGAGCGCUAUGAUCGCAGUGAUCGCUAUGGCAAUGGCCACCGCAGCGGCAAAGCUAGGGGUAGAGGCCCUCUCACGUUCAGGCCUUGUGGAAGACGUCCAGCGUCGCAACACCAGCCAAUUCAAAGGGCAGCACCUUUUAGGUCAGCCGUGCGGCCCACCUGCUGCAGCCCCCGACGACAUGCCAGCCCCCAAACAGCCCGCACCGGGGCCUGUCCCUGCCCGUCGGCCAAACCUGGACCCCGCACCAGUCCCGGCAAGUCUGGCCACGCAUCGGAAACAACCAGCCCGUUCCGCAGUGGCGCCAGAAGUGUGGGCGGCCAGGCAACUGCCCAGAAGCAUCUAUGACACCCUGGGCGAGGUGGUGACGCUCUACCUGCUCUCCCUGCUGAACUCGUCCAAGGAAGACAAGGUGGGGCCCGGACAGGUCCGCACAGCGAGUGCAGCAAUCAGCUCCUACUUCCGCCUGGUUGGCAGAGCACCCCCUACAGAGCACCCUGCCUGCAGCAUCAUCCGUGACCUCGCCGAAAAGCAACUCCAAGGCCGCAAGCUGGAACACGACGCCCUGGAGCCGGCCGACAUCACGGUGCUGGCCCGGCUGGUCGGUGGGCUGGAGCCACCCCUCGACCAGCUGAUGACCGUUACGGCCAUCACGGUCAUGUUCACAGGGUUCUUUCGGUUCGACAAUGCUGCGGAGAUAAGCGUUCAUGAGGACCUUCUGGUUAUCACGGCAGCUGGGAUGGAUGUUUUCAUCCCUCGGUCCAAGACUGAUCAGCAGAGACAGGGUCACUGGGUUCCGAUCGCCCAUGUCGGCGGUGCCGCUUGCCCUGUGGGCCUGAUGGAGCGACUCCUCACCCUAGGACGGUACAAACGCCGCCCAGACACGCCGGACGAGGACGUCGGGCCCCUUCUGUGGCCGGUCCAGUGGAACAGGGCCGGGAGGUACCUGUCGGGCCCCCUGACAGGCACGGCAGCCCAGCCGAUCCACUCCCUGUCGUACCCUGCCUUCUGCCACCGGCUCAACAAGACCCUGCAGGCGGCGGGGAUCACCCGCUGCAUCACUGCGCAUUCCAUGCGCAUAGGAGGAAAUAGCACUAGCAGUACUGCUGCCGAUCGCGGUGUGCCUGCGGACCUGCACAAGGCGCACGGCCGUUGGCGCAGCGACACCAUGGUGCAGCACUACACGUGGCGCGACGGGGAGGCGAAACUCUCCGUCUCCCGCAGCCUGGGCCUCGCCAGUGAGCAAAUGUCUCUUCGGUCUGCUGUGUAA